AUGGCGGAUCCAGCACUCCACCAGGAGACCAAACCCAUUAAUCAAAUCGCCAUAGACUAUACUCCAGAGGCCUGCACUCACUGCCCGGAGUCCAACUCGAUCACUCUCACCUAUGACCGCCGCGGUGGCUCGCGGUGGCGCAGUACCACCCGCUUUCUUUAUGGCACUUUUAGUUCCCUCAUCCAAUGCCCCAAAGGUAACACAAGCGGCCUCAACUUCAACAUUUAUCUUUCUUCUCUUGAAGGUGACAAAUCCCAAGAUGAGAUCGACUUUGAGUUUAUUGGAAAAGACAAGACCAUCGUACAAACUAACUACUACACUACAGGGACUGGGAACAGAGAAGAAAUCCAUGAACUGGGGUUUGAUUGUUCUGAUGGGUUUCAUGAGUAUGUAAUAAAGUGGUGUCCAUAUUUCAUAGAGUGGUUGAUUGAUGGAAAGGUAGUGAGGAAAGUGGACAAAAGGGAAGGGGAGGGAUUCCCUGAGAAACCCAUGUUUUUGUAUGCGUCAAUUUGGGAUGCAAGUUACAUUGAAGAUGCUAGGUGGACUGGGCCUUAUGUGGGGUGUGAUGCACCUUAUGUUUGCCUCUAUAAGGACAUCCGUGUGCCUAUUGGAACUGCAAAGAUCAAUGGCAUUAUCAAAACCCUCAAGGAAGAGGUUUCUUGGAAGAAGACGGAAAUCAUUCCCGCGAAGGGGCGGUGGGGGUGGGAGAUGUUUGAUGCAGCUAUGAAUUUAAUCACAACAGUUAUUGGUUUUGGCAUGAGUGUUACUUUUAUUCUGUUUGUUUGUACAAGAAUUAUAUGUGGGAGGCUAAGAGGAGCUGAGUCCAGGCAAAUGUUUGAAAUUGAGUCCAGAAUUGAUCUUGAACAGCCAGAGCAUCGUAUUAGUGGCCUUGAACCAGUUCUGGUUGCUGCAAUCCCCACUUUACCGUUCACCCGUGAGGCAUUCAAUUCUGCAGAGGAUGCACAGUGCUCGAUAUGUUUAGGGGAAUACCAAGAAAAGGAAGUAUUGAGGAUCAUGCCCAAAUGCGGUCACAACUUUCAUCUCUCUUGCAUCGAUGUAUGGCUAAGAAAACAGUCUACAUGCCCGGUGUGUCGGUUCCCAAUACAGGACUCUUUUGAAGCAAAACACACGAGACAGACAGCAAUUAGUAUGGCUCAAUCAAUUGGUAGUCGUGAUACUCCGAGUGAAUAUUCUCGGCAAUGGCCACUACCCAGCUAUCAGCGUCAAGAGGGGAACCACAGUAAUGAAAGGCAUCUUGAAACUGUCCAUGGAAACCCGGAAAUUACUCCUGGGGAACCGCAAACGAGCCAUUCAUGA